GCAGGGUAACAGUAUCUAACAUGUAUUCAUGGUCUAUAUUUCUCUCUGCUCUGUAUCUCAUGGAUUGGUUUGUAGGACUACAAGGUCGAACCAGUGAUCCAACGACCGCUCCUCAAGGACCAGACAACAACCCAGCCACUGAGGGGGAGGUCCGCUUGGUGAAUGGAGGGAAUGGCCCCUGUUCAGGCAGGGUGGAGGUCUUCCUCCAGGGCCAGUGGGCCACAGUUUUUGAUGAUGACUGGGACCUGGCUGAUGCCCAGGUGGUGUGUAGACAGUUUGGCUGUGGGAGGGUGCUGUCUGCACCUGGUGGGGCCACUUUUGGACCUGGACAAGGGCCUAUAGGGUUGGAGGAAGUCAACUGCAAUGGCCACGAAUCUGAGCUCACACAGUGUGACCUCAUUGGACUGUGGCCCCACUACUGUGGUCACCAGGAGGACGCUGGAGUUGUCUGUGAAGCUGGCCCUCCAGUGAGGCUGGUCCACGGUCUCUCCAACAACCCCUGGCCAGGCAGGGUGGAGAUGUUCCCAUCUGACAGAAGAUUAUACAUUGACGAUGUAUCAUCUCUCGGGAAGCAUGUCCCCGUAAACACACAUGAAAAAGGUAUUCCUGGCAACAUAAAAAAUCAGAAAUUAAUUUACCUCUUGCGUUCGGCCUCAGUCUUUUCCAUCCCAUUCCCAAUCAUCAUUCUGGUCAUUCUUUAUUGCUGGAGGAAAAAGAAGCAUCAUACAGAAAACCUUGAUUCUGAACUGAGUCCAAACUGUGACCAAGCUGCCACCAUCUAUAUGAAUGAGAGUCUGUUAGGACCCCCUCCUCUCCCUUUGGAGCCCACUGACAUAGAACUCAACCCCAUAAGCACCUAGGAGGCUCUAUGGGAGACAUUGACUGUAGGUUUAAAGUAAGUAUCAGCGUUAUCUUGCCUACAUGAAUGCAAUAAGUGUGGAAAAGCAGAGUCAACGAAGGCCUACAUCCCGAGGGUUACCGACAUGUCCCUCAUCCACAGCUUCUGCUGCCCCUGAGAUGAACCCCGGUUACUGGGCUGACUCCAAGUGGACCCCUUAAAGCUGUGAACCCCUCUAUUCCUGGCUCACCUCAUCCUGACAGGAAGAGAGGGGGAGGGCUUUAUGACAGCCACAAUGAACAAAGGAGCCCCCUUCAUUCUUCCUCUCCCUUUACUUAGAAUGACUUGUAUGUUAAUGUUAACUCGUUAAUGUUACAAUCAAAGACCGCCUGCAUUAUGAAUGUAUUCCAAAAUCACAUAUGUUGGUUUUUCAUUUGAAUGCAUGCUUAUUGUCUUAGUAGAAGGGAUUGUCAUUGUUCUCGUGCAUGUCACAUCUUUAUGUUAACCCAUAUAUGUGGUAUAGAGGUUUGAUUCCUGUGAUUAUACUUGGCUACUUUAUGCAUCGGGUGUUGUGAUUGGCCAGUGCAUGUGAGAGGCAUCCAACAUUUUUUGAAAAUAACAUGAAGCCUGAGUCCUUCGCAAACCAACUAAUGUUUUGCGCUUGUGCCUUUAUCUUUCAAACUUCAGCUUACUCAACCAAUAUUAUUUCCGUCUUUUCUGCCAUUCCGUCUUUUCAGGCCUCUUUUUUUUUUUUUACUUGUGAAUUGGGAUUCAACUGGCCUAAAAGAUUCCCUUUGGCCAAGUCCGACCUAGGUGAAUCUCACUGUUGGGGACAACCUUAUUGAAAUCCAUCUGACAAGAAGUGAUGGAUCGAAAGAGCGCUUGUUGUAGUCCAUCUUCGGAAAAUUGUAGUUUCACGCUAGCGACGCUCAGGGCCGUCGAUAAGGGGUGAAAGGUGAUGACGAUUCUAGGGGCCCACAGCCCAGGGGGGGCCCACAAAAAAAAAAAAAAAUUUUUUUUUUUAUUUUACUACCAGCUCAUAGUACUACCAUAGCCCCCCCCUCCCGUCAACAAUUUCU